CGUGACAUCAAAAGAAUACACCGAGGCAUUCUGACAGUGUAGUAUAUUCAGUAUUUGUUACUCGAUACCUGUUGAAAUUUUAAUAUCAGUGGUGAAUGAUAUGUACAAACAAGGUGUGUCUUAUUUUAUGAUAUGAAUGCGGAAUGUAAACGGAGUUUGUGUUAAAUGGAAUAUGCGAAAUUUUGGGAUGUUGUUUGACAGACCGCGGGAGUUUUUGUUGAAAACAGUGCCGUAAUGUCCAGCAAAUGCUCGAGUUGUGGGAAGCCUGUCUAUUUCGCGGAGCGGAAGACAUCCUUGGGUCGUGACUGGCACCCUAGUUGUCUACGAUGUAGAAAAUGUGGCAAGGUCCUGGCUCCGGGGCAGCACGCUGAGCACAAAGGGACUCCAUUCUGCCACAAGCCAUGUUACUCCGCAUUGUUUGGUCCAGAACUUUUUGGUUAUGGUUCAAAUGUUACAUCCCCAUCCAGAAAAUCCAAUGAAACUACAUCUGACACAAACAACUCAUACUUAUAUGACGAUGGGGCUGAAUCAAAUGGAAAAACAUGUGUUUACAAAACGACAAAUACAAGUCCUGGACCAAUUAAAUUCCAAAGAAAUUAUAGUGAAAUCAAUGCAUCGCCAAAUGUGUUCCCAAAACGACAUAGUAGUGGUAACAUUUCUGGUAAGCCUUCGGACAGUAAUGGUUACCAUAACAACAAUGGUAUUUUAGGAAAGUCAGGACUAAGUGUAGUCAAUGAAAGUUCCGGAAAGGAUUCAGGCCUGAAGUUAGUGUACCAGUCAAAUCAGAAUGACGGGAAAAGACCAACGGCUACUGUGACGCGCAGCCAUAGUGAUGUCGGUCUCAGUUCAUUGGCUAACGGACCAGCAGUGAGGCCAGCCAAAGUUAGGGGAGCAGAGUUGUUCAAGAAAGUCCAGAUAUACAAUGAAUACCACAACAACAAACGCGGACAACAGCUUGAAAUCACAGAGAAUGAAGGCAAUGUGCGUGUCCAGGGUGCUCUGCGUAUAUACUGGGGUCUUAAGAAGCCAAUUAUCCUCCAACAAUAUGACAAGGUUCCUACUGACCCUAUACUCAAGAAACGCUACAGCAUUGUGACAGAUCAUAGGGACUUUAAACCACUUCAGGAGAUGAAACAUGAGUCCGAGCCCCCAGGCAGUCCAACCUUGAUGCGGAAGCAGGGCAGUGUGGGAUAUGAUGACAGUGUGUUACACUCCCCUUCCUCGGAUGUUGUCAUGAGGCGACCUGUUAAGAAAUCAAACACAGUAGCAUACCGGGGGGACAGGCCGAACAGAUGGAAGCGGGCUUCUAUUAACGGCCAUAUUUAUAAUUAUGAUACGAGUGUGUUUACGCCGGUGUUGGGCAGCUGUACCAGUGUAACCGUCGACAACAAGAUGACAGUGCAACAGGUCAUUACAACUCUACUAGAUAAAUUCAAGGUGGAGAAUAAACCGGACGAGUACAAUCUAUGUAUAAUUACGGAGCAGGAAGGUGACAGGUUCUUAAAAGAAACAGACAUUCCAUUGUUAGAAAGACUUAUAUUGAGUCCUACAGACUCUGUGAAAAUAUUUAUUCGUGACCGCCCAGAAACGUUACCUGCUGGCAUAAGCCCCGCCCACAUUCCAGAGGACCAAUCACCAAGCACAGAAUCUCCGCCGGAAGAAACACAUUUGCCAGAGGAGUUGCAACAGUUAAUAGAUAUACCGGAGCCUGUGUUACGCGGACUCCUUGACAAGUUCAAGAGAGACGAGGAAAUAGAAGUAAAACGAUUAAAAAAUAAGUAUGAAAGAAUACGACGAAGAGUUCAACAGAUCAUCAAUGACAAAAAGGCUAAUUUAUCGAGGUGCUAGUUAAGUGUGUGUUUUGGAAGAAACUUAAACUUUGUCAACACAGUUACAAGGCAAGAAGGGAAUUAAAAUGCAAUGACAUCCAAGUGUUAUUAAGAAGUGAAACACUUGGAACCGAGUUGCUUUCAGCCUUCGAAUUAUGAUACAAGAAGUACUCAGGAUGAGCUGAAAUGGAUUUUAGUGAAAAAGCAUUACAUGUAUAAGUCAUGUCAUAAUGUACAUUAUACAUGAUUGAUUGAUUAUAAGCCCGACUUUUUCAAUAAUUAGGGGAGCUGUUCUACUCACCUUGGUGUCGGCAUCGGUGUCGGUGUCACACAUUGGAUUAAGUUUUGCAUUCAUGUUACUUUGAAGGUCAUAUCUCUGUAACCACCUGCUGUUUAUCACACUGAUUAACACUUACUAAAAUAAUCAAGUAAGACAACUCAGCUUGAAUAUAAUGUGAAUGAUGGCCCUUGUUUUACAUAUAAAGUCUAUCACACUGAUUCACACUUACUCAAAUAAUCAAGUAAGACAACUCAGUUUGAAUAUAAUGUGAAUGAUGGCCCUUGUUUUACAUAUAAAGUCUAUCACACUGAUUCACACUUACUCAAAUAAUCAAGUAAGACAACUCAGUUUGAAUAUAAUGUGAAUAAUGGCCCUUGUUUUACAUAUAAAGUCUAUCACACUGAUUCACACUUACUCAAAUAAUCAAGUAAGACAACUCAGCUUGAAUAUAAUGUGAAUGAUGGCCCUUGUUUUACAUAUAAAGUCUAUCACACUGAUUCACACUUACUCAAAUAAUCAAGUAAGACAACUCAGUUUGAAUAUAAUGCAAAUGAUGGUCCUUGUUUAACAUAUAAAGUCUUGUUUAAGUUCUUAUUGCAAGUACCAUAAAGUCCAUAUCACACCGACCCCUAAAUGUGUUUGAUUGAAAGUUAUAACAAUUCUUCACAUUCUUAAAGACCUACUAGAUAAAGCAAGCUCAGUUACUCUAGGAUUAAUCCAUGUAAAUUAAGGCCCUUGUUAGUAGUUUUGCAACCAAUUUCCACCAAGUUAUUUUCCUGAUUUUAAAAUACAUGACCUGUUGGAUAAUUUGUACUUUGCAUGAUAAUUAUAUUUAUAUAUACAGUCGAAACUUGAUGGCUCGAUAUUCUAGGGACUUUGAGCCUCGAGAAUAUCGAGCCAAGCAGGAUUGCUUAUAGAAUGUUAUUUUUUUAUUAUUCCUUACAAAAAGUCUAGUUUACCUCGUUUGUUAUUGGCUACGCAAUCUCUGCAAGAGAAGAGUAUUAAUUGUACAGAGUUACACAGUGUACAGUUCGUAACAUGACUUAUUCGAUACUUAUAUCAUUUGAUUUUUUUUAUUUAUUAUAAAAAUACAUUUAUGCGAAAACAACAAACAAGCAAUUUUAAACAGUGGGUAACACAAACAUAGCUUAUAAGUUAUAUCAAGAUGCAUUAAAAUUAUACAUGGAUAACAAUAAGAGAAAGAACUUAAAGAGAUGGCAUGUUUAUUCAAACUGUUAAACCAUUUAAAUUUGAUAAUAAUUCUAAUAAAUGUUUUACCGAU